AUGACGGUUUACUUCCGGGUGAAAGUGGAGGUUGGGAGAAUGAGCUCCCAAAGAGGGAAUUCGUCUCGCACGCGAGCGCAACGCCACCAGAAUGCGCAAGUCUUCAGAAACGACAAAUAUGAUACUAGUGCUCAGCGCAAGAAAAUUAAUGCAAAACUACAUGAAGGGCUAUGUCAACAUUGUAAGGAUGUCCUGGAAUGGCGCGUGAAAUUCAACAAGUACAAACCACUAACAAAGCCUAAAAAAUGUGUGAAAUGUCUGCAGAAGACGAUAAAGGAUUCUUACCACAUUAUCUGCAAGCCCUGUGCUUGUGAACUGGAUCUCUGUGCUAAGUGUGGAAAGAGAGAAGAAAUUGUUGUUCCGAUUCACACAAAUUCAGAGAAGACAGAGAAUGAGCUUGUCACAAAUGAUCAAAAGAGAAAUGGCAGAAGGGGAAAACCUGAAGAAAGUGAUGAACUGGAUUUAAGUGCCAUGGAAGAUGAAGGUGAUCUGGAUUUACCCGUGCAGCAGGUUAAAAACCUAAAACCUGAAGAGACUAGCGGUGAAUAGUCUCUCCCAAAAGAAGGUUCUGGUACAAACUCAGUUUCUACCCAAGUGACUGAAUUAUGUAAAGGAAAGAACAUUGUUUUGUAUUGGCCAUUUUUGUUGUGGAAAGCCUCAUAGCAUUUGGAAGUAUUCUGCACAAGAUUUAUGGCUGCAUUUCCCCUUAAAUUUCUUACUAACGAAGUGGAUUCUACCAUUUUAAUAAACAUUUUCUCUAAGUCACAUGUUGAAUGAAAUAAAGCUCUGUAUUUAAUGCAA